AUGGUGCGCGUGCUGAGAACGCAUGGCGUGGCAUUUUCCCCCAAUCCCCAUGCACACAGCAACAGCAGCAGCAGCAAAGACGACUCCUCCCACAACGCAACGACACACGAAGUCCAAGGCGCUGCGGCAACUGCAAACACCCUGCACUCUUCGCUCGUCGUCGACCUGUCACCGGUGCACCGCAUGAUGACUGCGUUUGGCUGCGGCAACCGAAAUGACGAGCAGCCUCAGCGGAGCGAUGACGAAUCAGCUCGUCAUGACCCAAGUCACACCGCCUCACGUGUGCCCCCGUUUUCAGCGCCCACGCACGUGGACGACAGAGUGGACACCACCCGAAACGCAAAGGUCGCACAGGCCACUCAGAAGCAACAACAACAGCAGCAGCAGCAGCGACAACAGCAGCAGCAGCGACAUCAAAGGCGCGUGCGACGAAGUGAUGAUGGAGCUGUCAUGCAGGCUGGAAUAUGCACGCUGGCACAAGUACUUGAUGGGCUGUGCCUGGGUCCCACAAGAAAUAGCAGCCUUGUCAUCUCAUUGAGGGGAGACGAGAAGGUUGGGGACAUGACAGAGGCUUUGCCGCUCCUCGCCAUCUCCACUUCCGUUUUGAACCUGACGGUGAAUGGGCGUGUGGAGGAAGAGCCUCUGCAAUGGCUCGUGGAUAACGGCAACUGGACGCUGUGCACCGACGUGACCUUGGAGGGCUUACAGCUGCCCACGUUUCAGCUGAGCAUGCUCAACCCCAUGAUGCACGCCCACAGAAUUACCAUCCGCAACAGCGAGCAGCUGCGUGAGGUCGACACGCGUGGCUUUCAGCAGCCAGAGAGCCUUUCCAUUUUCCAUGUGACAAACUGCUCACUGCCGACCGUUCCUGCUGUGUCAGACAUGACAUCGCUGACUGUCCUUGGCUUGCAUGCCAAUCGCAUUCGCCGCAUUCUCAAGGAUGAUCUCAAGGACCUGACAUCGUUGCAGCAGCUCUUCCUGAACCAGAACCUCAUUACCCAGAUUGAGCCAGGGGCGUUUGAUCACCUCGCCGCACUCGAGUGGCUGGUGCUCUUCUCCAACGACUUGAGUGCUCUCUCCGCUGGCCUGUUUCAGAGCCUUACGCAGCUGUCGCUUUUGCAGCUGCAGCGGAACCCAAUCACACACCUUGAUCCGGACGUUUUUCAUGCACUGACGAUGCUGGAUCAGCUGACUCUGGAAGACAUGCGCCUUACAGGCCUUGCCCCGACUCUUUUCAGCCACAACACCCGACUCACCAGCCUUGGGCUGGCCAUCAAUUUCCUGACGUCCCUUCCCGAGACGAUGUUCUCCGGGCUAUCGUCCCUGCAGGUUUUGCAGAUGUUCCAAAACCGGCUGACAUCGCUGCCACCAGCCGUGUUCCGGGACCUGACAUCACUGACUUUCCUUGAUUUGCGGGACAACGACAUCUCCUUGCUGCCAGAGGUCAUUUUGGAGAAGUGCGAGCGUCUCCAAGUGCUCUUCUGCAACGGCAACCACCUUGUCACACUGCCGCCGAGACUCCUCGCAAGCACCUCUGCUCUUCGCCAGGUUUCCUUUUCCAACAACGCCCUUCGUUCGAUAGACGGCGUUCUUGCUGCUUCUUCGCUGUCGUCACUGCUGGCCCUUGAUGUGGACAACAAUCACUUGACACACGUGCGGCUCUCGAGACAGCUGCCAGCCCUCCAGCGACUCUCUCUCCGUGGCAACCCCAUACAGGCGUUGCCAGACGUCUCGCAGACGCCUGCCCUGGACACUCUCCUGUUACAACGCCACCACAUAGAGCGUCUUGACUUGGCGCCCCUGUGUCACCUGUCUCGUCUCCAGAUCCUUGAGCUGGACGCCUCCGCGCACAUCCAGUCCACUGCAGUGUUGGAAGCUUCAAGCAUCACCGCUGUCCCACCUCUGAUCACUCUGGGCCUGGAUAAUGUGGACAUCACAGCAUUGCUUCCAUCGCUGCGGAGCCUGCCACCUCUGCAAUUAGUUGUACUGCGCGUGGGGUGGGCCGGUGCCAACGCCAGAACACUGCCACUCACUGGCGUGUGCCAGCUGCUUGCGCCCAACGUGCGAGAGCUGCGCAUCACCAACACAGAAUACCAGACUAUGAACGUGUGCCCGGGCAGGGCAUUUGAGAACCUCCUUCUCACGGACAACAAGCAACUGCAGUCUGUCACCGUCCACAGUGUCCUGAGAGAGCUCAACGUCUCCAGAUGCACCCAGCUCACCUCGAUUGACGCCCCUCCCAUCGACAUUUUGGAUAUCAGCCAUACCAAGUUUCUACCGACUGGUACGCUGUGCACGCGCUGGGGUCGGCAAGCCCUCUUCGCGCGCAAUUUGGCCGGGGUGGAUGUUCAAGCCGCUGCAGUCACAGCACGUGCUUGCCUUCUUCGAGUGGACCUGCUGGACUUUUCCAACAACGCGUGGCUGAACAGGCCUGUGGAAGUUAACCGUAUUCUUGGGCGCGCUACGGCCCUUUCCCAGAAGGCCUUGUUCUCUAUCGAUUUCGUUGUCAUCUCGUCGCGUACGACACUGCCAACCCUGCAGCUCCAAGGCACGCCAAUUGAGUGCCCGAUCCAGGUUUCAAAACAAGACUUUCGCCUCGUACGCGACCUCAACGCGAUCACGUCUGAGGUUGUGUUUUCCUUCCACUGCACAUGUGCUCGUGGGUUCAAGAUGACCUCCAGUGGGCAGUGCGUGGUGGACAAGCCGGACAUUGCUGCCGUGGCUGCUGGCUCUGUGAUUGGCGGCCUUGCGCUUGGCUUGCUCAUGGCCUGGCUGUCACGCCGCUACCGUGGCAUGACGAAACGCAUCGGCCUACAGGAACAGCUGCUGGUGGAGAGGGAUGAGGAGGUGAUGGCGCUGAAGAAGGCGUGGGAGAUUGAGUACGAUGAGCUGAGGAUGAUCAAGCGGGUUGCUGCGGGUGCCUUUGGCGUGGUGUUCAAGGCAGAGUGGGACACGGUGACAGUGGCAGUCAAAGUGCUGCAGCAAGCCGUCAUGGCAUUUGACGAGAGCACGGUGUUGGAGUUUGAGAAGGAGGUGGAGUUUCUGCAGCGAACACGGCACCCCAACGUGGUGCGGUUCUUUGGUGCGGGCACAGAUCCCAACGGCAGCCCGUUCCUGGUGCUGGAGUUUGUGGCGCUGGGGUCACUCAAGGACCUGCUGGGAAAGGACAUGGAGAAGGUGUUGAUGGAAGUGAGGAACACUAAGGUCGAGGAAAGCAGCAGUGGUGGUGUGGGUGAUGAUGUGAACAGUGUGUGGGGUCUGAAGCUGCGACUGCUGCGUGACGUUGCGAGUGGCAUGGCCUUUAUCCACAGCCUCGACCAGAUGCACAGAGAUCUGAAGAGCGGCAACGUGCUGGUGUCGUCGUCCCUUCGCGCGAAGAUUACGGAUUUUGGGUCCAUUCGCCAGUGCUUUUCUCGUGGUGGCAGAGCCCACGGCAGAAGCCACACUCGCCUGUCAUCCAACCAUGAUGACCCACAAUACAGCCAGCAGGCUGGACUGCAGACGAUGACGAGCAUGACACUGACGGCUGGCGUGGGCACACCGUUGUACAUGGCACCAGAGGCGCUGACGGGGAGCAAGUACAGCUUUGAGGCGGAUGUGUUCAGCUUUGGCGUGCUGAUGUGGGAGGUGGCGACCCAGCGUGUGCCGGACUUGAUUGAGCAGGAGAAAGGGAGUGACUUCCGUGGCCCAAUCCUCGCCACCAUCAGCAAUCUUUUGGAGGAUGGGAAGCGAUUGCGAUUUGAUGACAGCGAACAAGAUGCCAUCCCUGAGUGGUUCCAGUCGCUGACAUACAAGUGCAUGGCGCAGAACCCGCGUGAGCGGCCGUCGUUUGGAGAGCUCAAGGACCACCAUCUUGUUUGA